GCGGCGCGCGGCGUUUGCGGUCACCGGUGUGAUGUAAUCAAUGCGGAGGUUAGACAUGUCACGGGCGACCGGCUGACUGACAUCACGCAUCCAAAUCACGCACAGCACAAAACAAGGCGCCACACAACAGACGCGAGAACAAUAGCCGCGCGCUGCGCUUUUAGUCCCGACCUGGAUCCACGCUACCGAGCGGGGCCUAGUUCCUGCGGAGGGUUAUACGUGACCGUGGACCUACAAGCAGAGCUUCAGGGAGAACGAGCCGUUUGUGCGCGUGUUUGUGUGUUUUGAAGCCUCGCGGGAGGAAGAGAGGAACGUGUUGAGGGGAGAGCGAGGCAGACUCGCACCGCAGAGAGAGAGAGAGAGAGAGAGAGAGGGGAGUGAAUGGGCACGACUCAGUCUGUAGCACUGCGCCCUUCACUUUAUCGAUAUCGAUCAGUUUGGUAAUAGAGACUUUUCGACCCCGCGCGGGUCCGUGAGGCUGGCCCGGGAGCUAGCCGGAGCAGCGGAGCCACCACGAUGGGGCGCGUGUGAAGCAGCCUGGAGCUAACUGCAGCCUGGUGGAGGAACAAACAAGGAAGCGCCGAGCUGAAGCUAACGUCGGCUAACUGCUGGCCAGUAUUCAUUCUGAUGAGCGAACGAGGAGCAUGCAAGCAGAUAGGAAGAGCUGACUUGUUCGGGGAUGUCUGGCAGUAAGGCGCUGGGCGGGGGGGCUGGCGGCGGGGCGAGGCGCAGGAGGACUCGGUGCCGGCGCUGCCAGGCCUGCAUGAGGACCGAGUGUGGAGAGUGUCACUUCUGUAAGGACAUGAAGAAGUUCGGAGGGCCCGGCCGGAUGAAGCAGUCCUGCCUCCUGAGACAGUGCACGGCGCCGGUGUUGCCUCACACGGCGGUGUGUUUUGCAUGUGGCGAGGCGGGGAAGGAGGACACGGUGGACUCUGAGGAGGAGAAGUUCAGCCUGUCCCUGAUGGAGUGCACCAUCUGCAACGAGAUCAUCCACCCCAGCUGUCUGAAGAUGGGCAAAGCUGAAGGAAUCAUCAACGAUGAGAUCCCAAACUGCUGGGAGUGUCCCAAGUGCCACAAAGAGGGCAAAACCAGUAAGGACCAGGCGGACGGCUCCGGGAAGCGCAGGCUGGAUAACGGGGAAGUGGGCCGCUGGAAGCUCACCGACGAUCCCCCUCCUAAAAAGAAAGCCCCUCCCUCUGUGGAGGAGGGGGGCAGGGCGGAGGGGGUGCACAAGAGGAAGAAGGAGAAGGAGCAGCCUCCGGACAGCGGCCCCAAGAAGAAGAUGAAAGGAGCUCACGAGAAACGGCUCAAAAAGAAACCCAAACAAGAGGCGGGGGAGUCGAAUGGCCCCACUUCGUCCUCUGGAGGAGUAGCAGGAGGACUGCAGGGCUCCUCGGGUUCCUCCUCUUCCUCUCAGUCAGGAGGAGGUGCUGGAGGUGGGGGCAUGGGGGGAAUGUCCAGUGCCGACCAGCGUUCCCAUCACAGGGAGAAACUGGAGCAGUUUAAGAGGAUGUGUCUCUUGGAACGCCGUGCUGACUCCUCCUCCUCCUCUUCCUCCAGCUCGGAGUCCGACUCUGAGUCCGACUCCGACGACUCCCUCAGGGGGGAGCAGGGGGGAGGCUCCUCGCCCUCAUCCUCCUCCCCAGCCCCGCCCCCUCCUGUCGGCUACGGCAACAGCAGCGGGAGCCGAGCGGAGAGGGAGAGGAGGCGCAGGGAGAGGGAGCGGCGUCUGGCCGAGCUGGGCUUUAGUGCCAGCGAGGAGUCGGAGGGGGAGACAGGGAGGGGGGAGGACGAGGAAGAGGAGCAGGCAGGGGGAGCAGGGGACAAGGCCAGGCGGAGAGGGGGGGGAGACGUAUCCUCACGAGGACGGAAGGGAGGCUUGAUGGAUGCGGAGGAGGAGGACACGCCCACUGGGGACAGGACCAGGAAAAACUCCUCCUCUCUACCCCCGCCCUCACCCCUCUCCUCGAAUCAGAUGCCUCCAUCCUCACAGCAUGACUGCUUCACGGCAAAGCAGCGUAGCAACGGGCAGGAGGCGCGCAACGGACGGACUCGGGGAGGGGCCGGGGGCAGGGAGGCUGGGGAGAAGGAGAACGCCAGCGGCGUUCUGACGAAUCACAGACAUGUUGGAGGGGGCGGGGCUAAAGGUAGCGGGAGCCGCAGCAGCAAGAGUCGUAGUAAGAACCAGACAUCCAAGAACGCCGCCUCCUCUAUUCCCACCUCCAACGGGGGAGGGGGGGCAGGCAGCGGACUCAUGAUGUCGGCCAUGGCGGCGUCCCCCUGCUCGCAGCCCUCCCGCCUCGCCCCGCGCUCCCAGAUGAUGAAGCGCAGUCCACCAGCCGUGCCAUCGCCACCUCGACCUGUCCAGAUGGAGAGACACCUGGUGAGACCACCGCCCACCUGCCCAGAGCCCAGCUGUCUGCCACUGGACUGUGGCUCCGCCCACAUUGUGACCCGGGACGUCUGGCUGAGAGUCUUUACCUUCCUGAGCCAAAGGGAGCUCUGCGUCUGCAUGAGGGUGUGUCGCACCUGGAGCCGAUGGUGCUGUGAUAAGCGGUUGUGGACUCAGAUCGACCUGAGCCGCCAGCGCUCCAUCACCCCCCCCAUGCUGAGUGGGAUCAUCCGCCGUCAGCCGGUCUCCCUCAACCUGGGAUUCACCAACAUCUCCAAGAAGCAGCUGAUGUGGCUCAUCAACCGUCUGCAAGGUCUCCUGGAGCUGAAUGUCUCAGGCUGUCCUUGGCCGUCUGUCUCAGCCCUUUGUCAGGCCGUCUGUCCCUGUCUGAAGCUGCUGGACCUCAGCCGGGUGGAGGACCUGAAAGACUCCCACCUGAGGGAGCUGCUGGCGCCCCCACCUGACACCAGGACAGCUCACGGUGAGACGCGGGCGGGGCGUUUCCAGAACGUGACGGAGCUGCGACUGGCUGGUUUGGACCUGACUGACGCAUCGUCCCGCCUGCUGGUGCGCUACGUCCCCCACCUGUCCCGGCUGGACCUGAGCCACUGUCCCAACAUCACGGACCAGACCUUGCACACGCUUACCUCCCCCCUGUCCCCUCUCAGAGAGAGCCUCACCCACAUCAACCUGGCAGGUUGCGUGAAGGUGACGGAUCAGUGCGUCCCUCUACUGAGACGCUGCACCUCCCUCCAGACGGCUGACCUCCGCUGCUGCUCCCUCCUCUCCUCCCAGACCGGACAGCUGCUCUCCUUCUCCUCCUCCUCCUCCUCCUCUUCCUCCACCGCUGCAGCUUCCUCCUGCGUGCCAGCCUCCUCCUCCUCCUGUCCUCCUCCUGAUGACAGAACGCUGCUGAAGAACAGCUAAAGUCCUGCAGGUCACGUGACACCUGAGUCCAGACGAGCCCCACCUCCAUCCUCCUUACACUACAGCCGGGCGAGGAAGAGGAGGAGCUGAAAGACACUUCCCCUGCCGCUGGAGAGGAGGAGGGGGAGGAGGAAGAGGAGGAAACAUUGUUGGUAGUUAAACAUAGAAACCCUGAGCAUGUACAUAUUUGUUCUCUGUACAAUUCUGGGUGUGUGUAAAUAUCUGUAGUUUACUGUAAAUGACCUGUAACCCCGCCCCCCCGACCUGAACGCCCCCCCCGACCUGAACGCCCCCCUCCCUUGUCGCUGCAGAACAUGAAGCGUCCAGAUUCGUCUGCUGCAGCUUGAACACCAGAUCAAUAACACCUGUGAUGUCAUCAUUGAUCCAGUUGAUCAGUUUUUCUGAUUGAUCUGAAAGGAAAUUAUUUAGUUUUAAUUACUGAUAAAUAAAAUCCCUCUGGCUCCGCCCACUUCCCAGUAUGACAUCAUCAGAUGUGAUCGGUGAAUCAGCUGAUCGGUUCCAGAUCAGAGUUGGAGCAGGAGAUGACUUUAGCUUCGGUGACUCAGCUGAUCAAUCAAUAACUUGGUGUUUUCCUCUGUGUGUGUGUGUGUGUGUGUGAUGGGGCCGACGGCGUUCAUCUUGGAUUUUUUUUUUUUUUUUUUUUUUUUUUUGUCCUGAUCAGCUGUGAUCAAACUGAUUGAUCAUGUUUUUCUCAGGAGUUUUUAGUUGAGUUAAUUUAUUUGUUGCUGCAGCAGCUGCUGAUCUGGACCGAGCUGGACCGAGCCGUUCCACCCCUGUCCCAAGCGUCACUUCCCAUCGUUGCUGCUGCGUUCAGGCCUGAAUCCGUCUUCAGCUUCCUGGAAACGUCGGAGCACUGAUCCAUAAUCCUGAUUUCCUUCAUCACGACUCGGAUUUGUACUUUUUUUUGUUUGGCACUGAAUCCGAUCAGAACCUGAGUUUACAGUCAGCAGCAGUCUGGUUCUGGUUCCGGACUGAUCCCAGAACAGUCAGUUUGGAACGCUGCUGCAGGCGGGAAUCGUCGCCACGGUCUCGGACAGAUUCAAGAAAUCCAGGAAAAGUCACUGCAGAUGAUGUGACAGUGAACGCAGCGCUGCGUUCACUGUCACAUCUGAGCUCACAAUUUUCCUCUGCGCUGAUCCGACUGACUGGAUGUUUCCUGGAAUUGUUCCGGGAAUGUUCCCGAGAGUUUUUCAAGGAUUGUUUCUGAAAUGUUUAUGAAAUACAUCCUGGAAUAUUUUUGGGAUAGUUCUUUAAAUCUCACCGGGACAUUGUCCUGGAAUGUUUCUGGAAUUUCUCCUGGAAUCUUUCUGGAAUACUUCCUGAAGUGUUCAUGGAAUGUUUCCUGGAAUGUUUCUGGAAUUCCUCCUAGAAACUUUGGCUCCAGAGUUGAUCCGGAUGGUUCCGGAAGGUCGGUCCGGUUUCAGUCUGGAAGUCCAGCAGGUGUCGGCAGGUCUGGGUUCGGAGGUUUUCUUGGCUGAAAUGGCCCCUGUGGCUCCUCGGGGCCCUGGCGUGGUGCGUUUAGGGUCUACUCAGGCUGUGGGCGAUCUGUAUUUCUUGAUGUGUGUGAACUGCACUGAGGGGGGGUCAGACGUGGUUUUUAUUCCAGAGAAGCGUGGGAACGGCGUGUCGGUGGAGGUGUGACCGAUACUGCGGUGGACGUUUGAUUUCCGCGCCUCGUUGUGCCAUAAACGCAGCAGAUGGACCGCUGGCUGAUUUUUAUAUGUUUUAUAUUCGUUUUGUUUACUUUUUAAUGUUGGGCGACGCUUUGCAACAUGUGAGCAGAUCAAACCUGAUUGGACGAUAAUCCCUGAAAGCUCUUAUCCAAUCAGAAGGCCAGACAUAUCUCCCCUGCUCUGAUCUUAGUAAAAACCUUUGUCGAUGUUUAAAGAUGCACUGGAUCAGCCUCUUCAUCCCCCUCUUCCUCACUUUUUUUGCCAAAAGUAGUUUUUGUUGUGACGGGCAGUUCUCCUUGUUUUCUUUGUGUUUGCUUGGUUUUUUUACUUUGUCCAUGACUCUUCCGUGGUGUUGGUGGAGAGCUGAGGAAGACGCUGGAACAAACGGUGAGAAGAUAAAAGACCAACUCAAGGCAGCUACAUGAGUGACUACUGUACAAUGACUAAUAAAGAAGCAAUGGGUUUGUU